AUGGUACUAUGGCGAUUCAAGCUGCGGCAUCUGGAUCGACCGAGGCGCGCGCCGGCAUUCUUGGAAUCCCUGGCGCCCGUCGCAGUAGUAUCAUCCGAUCAAGACGAUCUGGAGAGCGCUCUCCACAGGCUAGACCAGGGCGCGAGGGUGGAGUCGGACGAAUUCGCGGCUCUACUCCGGCAAUGUGGGAUCCAGGGCGCGCUCCCAGAGGGCCGGAAGAUCCACGAACACAUGGUGAGACGCGGCUACCAGGGUGAAAGAUACCUCGAGAACUUGCUGGUGGAGAUGUAUGGUAAGUGUGGGAGCUUGCCCGAGGCGUGGGAUUGCUUCGCCCGGAUCGCGCUUCCAAACCUCUACUCCUGGACGAUUCUCAUCACUGCAUAUGCCCAAAACGGGCAUUUGGAUGAGGCACUGGUGUUCUUUAGCAAAAUGGCUCUGGAGGGGAUCAAGGCCAACGCCAUCACCUUCGUCGUCGCUAUCAAUGCGUGCGCCAUGCUCGGAGAUCCCAGACGCGGUAAGGCUCUUCACGAUUUCCUUGUUCCUUGUGGUUUUUUCGAUUCCAGUCUUGUUGGAAACUCUCUGAUUCACAUGUAUGGCAAAUGCAGGGACUUGGACGCGGCCAAAAGCGCUUUCAACGAGUUGAAGAAGAAAGAUGUGGUGACUUGGAACUCGAUCAUAUCGGCUUACGCGCAGAAUGGUCGUGGGAAGGAAGCUCUCGAGCUCUACAACGACAUGGACUGGACGCCGGACAAGAUAACGUACGUCGGUGCUAUCGAGGCUUGUGCGAGCUCGCAAGACUUAGAACAGGGUAGAAUGAUCCACGCUAGGAUUGACAAAGGUGGCGUCAAGCCCGACACAGUUCUCGAGAACAGCAUCCUCAACAUGUACUGGAAGUGCCGGAGCCUAGACGAUGCCAAGGCCAUGUUUGCGACGAUGGACAGUCCUUCGUUCGUGGCAUGGAAUAUCAUGAUCCUGGCUUACGCUCACAGCGGAUACGUGAAGGAAGCACUCGAGACGUUCCAAAAGAUGGACAUUGAAGGUGUCGAGGCUGACUGCGUGAGCUUCUCCAGUGCUCUCGACGCCUGUGCGCACGCGAAGGCACUAGAGUUUGGCAAGGCGAUUCAUGACAGCCUCGGUUGCUCGGACUCGAGAGCUGUUUGCGUCAACAACGCUCUCACGAACUUCUAUGGGAGGUGUGGUCGUCCGGAGGAUGCCAGGAUUAUCUUCGACCAGAUGCCAAUGAGAGACGUGAUCUCGUGGACAGCCAUGAUCUCUGUUUACGUCGAGACGGGAUUCUCCGGAGAAGCUCUGGCUUUGUACAGGGAGAUGUGCUUGGAGGGAGGAAAGCCGAAUCAGGUGACGUUGAAGAUCGCUCUGGAUGCUUGUGCGGAGCUGGGGGAUCUAUCAGCCGGGAAGGGAAUUCAUUCCUGCGUUCUCUGGAGCGAAGAAACGGCACCUCAAGUCGGUAACACGCUCGUCAACUUCUACAGUAGGUGUGGUGAAGUCCGGCUAGCUCGAGCAGCCUUUGACAAACUCCGAGAGCGGGACAUGGCCUCCUGGACGACGAUGUUUCGGGCCUACGGCAACAAUGGCGACGACCGGGAAGUCAUCCAGCUCUUUCACGAGAUGGUUCUCUCCGACGAACUACAGCCCGACACAGUCAUCUUCAGCAUCGCUUUGCAGUCGUGUGCCAACGUGAAGUCUCUAGCGGAUGGCAAGGCGAUUCACAAGUCUCUAGCCGACAGCAGCGAAGCCGUCCAGACCGACGUGGUUGUGUGCAACACGCUGCUGUCCAUGUACGCCAAGUGUGGGGCCUCGGCCCACGCGAGAGCCGUGUUUGAGAGCAUGAGCCGCCGGAACGUCAUCACCUGGAACGGGAUCAUGAAAGCUUACGCUUUGCAAGGCGAAUUUGGCGAGGCACUGGCGCUGUUCCAGCGGCUCGAGGCCGAGAAGGAGGUGAAGCCCGACCGCGUGACGUUCGUGGUGGCAAUCGACUGCUGCGCCUGCAAGCCAUGCCUGGAAGAAGGGAGGAGAAUCCACGCCAGUGUAGUUGCUUCCGGCCUCGACCUGGACCUCAUCAUCGGCAACACGCUGGUAAACAUGUAUGGGAAGUGUGGACAAGUUGGAACCGCGAGGGGGCUGUUCGACAAGAUGGUCGUCCGGGACGUGGUAACUUGGUCAUCGCUGCUGGCAACGUAUGCUUCCAACGGGCACGGCAUGGAAGGACUGGAGCUCUUCCGGCUGAUGCAGCAGGACUACACGGAGCCAAACGAAGUUACGUUCCUGGGGGUGCUCUUCGCUUGCAGCCACCUCGGGUUCGUCCGCGAGUCCAAGAGCUACUUGUUCGCGAUGCAGCGAGACUAUGGACUGACGCCCGGCCAGGAGCACUUCUCGUGCGUGAUCGAUCUCCUAGCUCGCUCCGGGAGGCUGGACGAGGCCGAGGAGCUGGUUCGCGGCCUGCCGUUCCAGCCGGACAACGUGAUCGUCACGUCGCUGCUGGGGGCUUGCACGACUCAGGGGGACUUGAAGCGCGGGAUCCGAGCGGCGGAGCUGGUUUUCGGCCUGGACGCGAGCGACCAGGUGCCGUAUGUGCUGCUGUGGAACAUCUUCGCGGCCGCGGGGCACUGGGACGGCGUGGAGAGAGUGGAGAAGGCGCUUGGAUGGAGGGCGCUGGAAUUCACUUGA